CUUGCGCAGCCUGCAGGAAAGCCUGACGAUUUGCAGGGCGGUUCGUGGCUAUGCGGCCUUCUCGACUCUUUGAAAUGAGGCUCGCUCCCUCCCCGCAUCUGACAGUUUGACAGAGUCCGCCAUCUUGCCAACUCGAAAAGCUCCGUCCUCGGAAAGCGGUCCCGCGAUUUCUUGUCAGAUAUACUUAGCAAGGUACUCCAACUUCAUUGCCCAAACCCGACGAGAAGCGCCGACAUACGGAAAAGAACACCACCAUGGCGGAAGUGUUCGGCGUCGUCGUGAGCGCCCUGACGGUGGCCGAGAUGGCGGGCAAGUUCGGCGCCAGCAUCGUCAAGCUGAAGAAGCUCUGGGACGAGGUCCAGGACGUGCCCAACGAGAUCGCCCACCUCUUCCGGCAGCUGGAGAUCCUCCGGCCCGUGCUCGCCGAGAUGGAGGCCGAGUUCUCGCAGCGGACGCACCGGGUGCACCACGACAGCGCGGCGAACCUCAGCAUGGAGUACUGCCAGCAGGCGGUGGGGGAGCUGGACGCGCUGGCCGAGGAGCUGCAGUCGCGCAUCAACGCCGCGAGGCGGUCCAGGAGGCACAUCACGAAGCUGAAGGUCACGUUUAGGAAGGAGCAGAUCCAGGCCUACCAGGAUAAGAUACGGUUCGCUUUGCAGCUUCUGGCUCUCUCGCAGCAGACGUACACGAUUUCUCUGGUCAAGUCACGGCCGCUGAUCCAAGAAGGCUCGUCUCAAUCGACAGCAGCAAACCAAUCUAUCCAGUCUGAAAUCAUUGUGGGAAGUCCGCAAGUCAGGCAGAACAUGUGUUCCGGUCCAACUAGCUGGCGUUCAAUGGCCUCGAUGCGGUGGCGGAAGGCCUCUUUCUUCGGUGCUUUCGUCUAUCAAACGACAUCAGACCCCAGUCACCCCGACAUCCAAGUCCACCAGGCACGCGUCCAGCUUCCAUGGUGGAUAUCAGAGACGGUCUGGGAUUUCCAGGCACAAAGGGCGUGUUCAGGGUGGAAAGUCUUACUCAAGACCUGGAUAAUGCGACCCUACGACGCACCAAUCUUCCGCCACGUCGAAAAUGGUUCUUGGUCCGAUAUCCUUGUGGCUUUCAGCAGGGGAGAGGCCUCUUUACAAGAUGUUAACACUAACGGGUGGACACUUCUACACGUAUGGCCCGUUUCCAAUUCGAUCCCCUGGACAGUAGCCAACUCACUUUUGAGAGCAGAUGGCCGUUUUUCAUGA